AUGGCUUCUAUCUGGCGAAGAGCUUGUGUCGGCUGCACUAAAUCCAAACGGCAAUGUACUAAAGCCGUACCGGCGUGCCGGCGUUGUGCAACUAAAGGGAUCCCUUGCGUAUAUCCACCGGCCCGACAAAGUAACAACAUCCACGUAGAUGCGGGUGCGGCCGCCGCAAUACCUUCCGCAACUACCGGGGACUCCGCAAACCCGCUUCCUAUGAUUUGUCAUGAUAUCAACCAGAUAGGGAACGAUGGCAUAAACUUCUAUCCGCUACAGCUGACGCAAUCCGACUUAGUUGAAGAUCUGAUUUCCCGAGCAGCAACAUACCAUUCACAGCCUUCAAUAGGCAAUAGUCCAGACGUUUCAGCAGGUCUAUGGUUCCUAGCGCCAGAGUCAUGGGUCACAGAUCUUUCUUCAUCUCCGCUUGAACAGCCUGUGCUUACCCAGGAUCGCAUGCUCCAACGUUUCAUCGACAGCGUUCAGGAUUGGCUGCGGCGGUGGGUGACGGACGGCGGCAGCCCCCUGCAUCACCACCAGCUGUACCGUGAGAAAAUGCCGCGGUGUGUACAAGACGCGCAUUCAACUAUUGCUCUAUAUCAUAUGACAACGUGCAGCAAUGCUAACACGAGGGCUACGAUAGCCCGCGUGCUAGAGGACCGCGUUACGCAAUUGCUGGAGGAUCAAACCUUCGAGGCCUCGCUAAGGGCGGGUGAGGGAAUGGGCACAUUUGAUCACAUAUGUCGGGUCCAGUCGCUACUAACAUACCAGACUAUUCGACUUCUUGAUGGCGAUAUACGCAUGAGAGCUCAAGCCGAGGCGUUGAUUCCCACUCUCUUCCUCUGGACGCAACAGCUUCUCGACAGUACAAAGAACAGCUUAACGCAGCCGGCACGCUUCCUCGCUAAUAUUGCAGCAUCCUAUCCUAUCGUAGCUAAUUCCGAGGAUGCCGUCCUCUGGAAGGCCUGGAUCCUGGUUGAGAGCACACGACGCACGUGGCUCGUCGCUAACUACCUUCAAGAGACAUAUCUCUACAUGAAGCGUGGGUGGAGCGAGUGUCCGGGACGCGUACCCAACACGAUGCAUAACCGCUUGUGGGAUGCAACAUCGGCGUAUGCCUGGUCUAAGGGUUGUCGUGAAAUUGAUACCGUGCUCAUCUCUACACAGCGGACAGAGAAGCUGCUCUACGAGACAAACCCUGAAGAUCUCGAUGAGUUUAGCUUAUUGAUCAUAGAGCUAAGAUACGGUACGGAGAGGAUAGAGAAAUGGAUUGAGGACUCAAAAAGGCAGAAACCACAACCGGUGUUAGAGAUAAUCUAG